AUGAGCCUAGUGAUUGCAACCAUAACUCCAAAGACUCCUUUGCUCCCUUUCGCUCGCACUCUCACAGCGCAGAAUUUCAGAACCCUAGGAAAAAGGAAUUUGGUUUUACUCAGCCAAAGUCGUAAUCUUGAAAACCGUACCAGUGGGCUAAGCUUGGAAACUAUGGAACAAAAGGAGCCGUCUCCUGAAAUCGGUCGGACAAUUCAUCCAGAUAUUGAACCGUUCGAUACGGGUUUUCUUAAGGUUUCGGAUAUUCACACAAUUUAUUAUGAACAGUCGGGGAACCCAGAUGGGCAUCCGGCGGUUUUUCUCCAUGGAGGUCCAGGAGCCGGGACUUCACCUAGUAACCGGAACUUCUUUGAUCCUAGUUUUUACAGGAUCAUCUUAUUUGAUCAGAGAGGUGCUGGUAAAAGUACUCCUCAUGCUUGCCUGGAGGAGAAUACGACUUGGGACCUUAUUGAGGACAUUGAAAGGCUUAGAGAUCACCUCAAAGUUCCAGAAUGGCUGGUAUUUGGUGGUUCAUGGGGAAGCACACUUGCUUUGGCAUACAGUAUAUCUCAUCCUGACAAGGUCACUGGCCUGGUUUUGAGAGGCAUUUUUCUGCUGCGUAAGAAAGAAAUUGACUGGUUUUAUGAGGGUGGAGCUGCCGCAAUAUUCCCUGAUGCUUGGGAGUCGUUUAGAGAUCUUAUUCCAGAAAGUGAAAGGGGAUGUUUUGUCGAUGCCUACCACAAGAGGUUAAACUCCAAUGACAAGGAAACACAAUAUUCAGCUGCUAGGGCAUGGACGAAAUGGGAGUUGGAGACAGCUCAUCUUCGGCCAAAUGAAGUACACAUAAAACGAGUAGCUGAUGACGAGUUUUGCUUGGCUUUUGCGAGAAUUGAGAACCACUACUUUGUGAACAGAGGAUUUUUCCCUUCAGAUUCAUACCUGUUGGACAAUAUUGAGAAAAUAAAGCACAUCAAAACUGUAAUUGUGCAGGGAAGAUAUGAUGUCUGCUGCCCGAUGAUGUCAGCAUGGGAUCUUCAUAAGGCUUUGCCUGAGGCUGAUUUUAGAGUGGUACCCGAUGCAGGCCAUUCUGCGAACGAACCAGGAACAUCAGAAGAACUAGUUGCUGCAACUAAUAAGUUGAAGUUUAUUUUCGAGGGAAAAUCAGCCUGA